AUGGUACAAUCAAGACCAACAUCUGGAGGAUCAUCUAAUUACUACUUGGGCGAUUCUUCAGCUACAUCCAAACCCAUUUUUCAAAAGGGAAAGCAGGUUCAUAGGGAAACCCCGCUAAUUAUCAAUGCAUUGGAUAUCAAGAAGCUCACUCAAAAGCUUGAUGGAAAUCAGGUUGAGGAACAGCUUCAUCAGAUGCUAAGCCGUGAUCGUGAGCAGCGGCAUCAUCAGUCCAAGGCAAGGGUUGCUAAUUGGGGAAAUACCUUUGCAGGACAAAGACGUGCUAGAAUAGUUGCUCGAGAAACACGUUUACAAAACGAAGAAUUGGCCAGAGUUAAACAGGAUCAAAUGUUUCGAGAUGAAGAGAUUCAGAAACGUGAAGCUGCUAUCCAACGUGCAAAGAAGAUGCAGUACUUUGAAACGGAUAUGGUCAAAGCGUUCCAUAGCCGUGUGAUGCUACUUCAAGUUUUAGAGGAGAGAGAUAUGCAAAUACAACUCAAGAAUUCUCGUAAAAAUGCAGACUUGAUUGAAAAUAAACGAUAUCACAUGGAACAACUUGCUUCCAUAGAAUCACAAAACCAGAUGUCUGCAAAGUCUCAAAAAGACGAGAAAAUUCGCAACAUUCAACUAGCUCGUGAUCAGUUAAUGCAGCAACGUGAAAAAAUUGUGAUGGCACAAAAGAAUCGCAAACUUGCACUUGAAGAAGGACAAAAAUGUGCACACGAUGAUCGCGAAUAUCAGCAACUUCAACUAGAGCUUGAAAAAAAAAGACAAGAAAAUGCGGUGAUUUUAAAUAAACAGCAGCAUGAGCUUCAAAAUCAGCAAAAAGAACGAAAGAUUCGUGAACGCGAGGAAAGUGAAAGAGAAAGCAUGCGAAUUGAAGCAUGGGCAAAUCGCAAGGCAAAUCAAGUUCAGCUUAAAAAGGAUUUGGAAAGCAAAUGGCACAAGCUUGGAGAAACACAACUAAAAAUCAGUAACGACGCAGAUGCCAAGGUCGAGGAGCAGAUUAAACAACGCAUGGUAGAACAUGAUCUCAAAGCUAAAAAGGAAGAGAGAGACAAGCUUGAAAAAAAGAAAAAGAACUAUGAAGAGCUUGAUGUAUUUUUCCAAAACUAUAUGAACGAAAAGACUGAACAGAAAAAGAAACAAAAAGAAGAGGGUAAACACUUUCUUCAAGAAUUUAUUCGGGUUCGAGAUGAAGCCAACGCUCAAAAAGAGACCAAACGAAUAGUCAGUUUACAGAAUGGCAAAAACCUUCAAAACCAUCACUUGAGGCACAUUGAGCAAAACGCUGAGCAGCGCGCCAAAGAUAAAAACCAGCGAUUGGCAGAGGCUGCUGCACAACGAGCCAUGGCUGCUACUGAAAAUCAAGUCUUGCAUGAGUACAUGAAGCAGACCAAAGAAGAGCCUUGGGCAGUGAAAAACACCAGACUGCAGACCUUUAUUAACAACGAAAUUUCUCGGCCACGAUCAGGAAGUUGUCGUGCUGUUCUAUCAAAGAAGGGAAGUAGCACCACGAAUAGACUAGGAUUUACCAACAAUGGGUACAAUAAGCUUGAUAUUGCGCGUACCAAUGAGAUCGUGACCGGAGAUCUACUGAAAGUGGUUGGCGAAGAAUUAUAG